AUGGAGACUCUAUCUCUACAACACACCACUUCGCUUAACACCAUGUCUUCCGAACCAACAUCAUUUCUCAAGAUGGAAGACCUACACCAGUCAUCGUCGCCGCCAGCACCUUCCUUCGACCACAGUGCACUAUCUCAAGCAUCACCUCCACCGGUGAUCGUGCAGUCGAAGCCGGCGAAGAAGCGGAAGUCAUGGGGCCAAGAACUCCCUGAGCCCAAGACCGCCCUGCCACCCCGUAAGCGGGCGAAGACCGAUGACGAGAAGGAGCAGCGCCGUAUCGAGCGGAUCAAGCGCAACCGCGCCGCUGCACACAACUCGAGGGAGCGCAAACGACAAGAGACCGAAACACUCGCGGUCGCCAACGCUCGCCUUCAGGCAGAACUCGACGCCUACAAGAAGCUGCACGGCCCACUGCCCGCCCACAUCGUCCUCCCCGAAGUGACUCUCAGCAGAGUCGACGAGGACGCACCAACACCAGCAGCAACUGCAUCCACUCCCGCACCAUCGCUUGUCGAAUCUCACGGGUCGGUGUACGAGGCGCCAAGCCCCGCGUCACCAGCUGAAAGCACCUUCAGCCAACCCACCAUUAAGCAAGAACCCUUCGACAAUGCAUAUCCUAGCAUGCUCCCACCAGCCUUCGACAAUCUCGACUCGAAGUCGUCUAUGCUCUCGCCGCUCGACUUGACACAACAUUCUGCAGCAAUGUUGUGCGACCUGCAGUGUCAGUCCAGCAGCCUGAGCAGCAGCACGACUUCGCAAACCUCCUGGUGGGCGACUCUCUUCCUCUAUCUGAUGAAUAUGAACCUUCAGAUUUGCUACCGCACUCUUCUGGUGGCGAUUUGGACGCUUUCGCCUUCGCGAAUGGCGCGUUUGAUGCAAGUUUCGGCACUUCACUCUUCUCGUUCGACGAUCUCAUCGAUGACUCCGCGACUUCUGCGGUCGACGCCCGGGCGUCUGGCGCGGCUUAAUGCUGCGACGGGCCUGCGCGCACCACAGGGGGGCGCGAAUGCGCUUGCGCGGCAGUCACCCGAUGAAGUUCAAAGGGCGAGGGUAGAGCUGAUCGCGAAGAAACAAGCACAGGCAGACCAGACACGGAUGGCGUUAUCGGAGCAAUUACAGGGGACAGCUAGAGGUCAGGAAGACCGCACCAUGGGUGACGAUGGGGACGAAACUCACGGCGUUUGGAGUGAUGGACUCAGUUGA